AUGGUGAUAAAUUUCUACAUCUCAGAGUCAGGCUAUAAGCUCGAUAAUAUUGAUUAGAUCUCAAGACCUAUUGAAGCCAUUCCUUACUUAGCAGAUCUCUUCCAAAUUGAAGAUCAUAACAUUGUGCAGGAAGCAGUCUAAUUCGUCAAUGCGAAAGAUGGAUAAAUUCUAGAUUUAAAUGAUCUGAUAGAUAGACCUACUUCUGACACUGAGUAAAUUGAAAAGAUCUAUAUAUUCUGCAAGUAAUCGAAGCUAAACAAAAAUACUAUUCCAUUUCUACUAAAAAAUCAAGUAAAGCAAAUCAACUUGAGAACUGAUAAGCUAAAUAACUUUGAAAUUUAAUAAUUUGCGCAGAGAUACAAGAUCCAGCCAGAUAAGCUUAAAUCUCUCAUAAAAGAUAGUUCUUUUACAAAUAUUUCUCAAUACUAUAAUAACGCAUUAUUGGUUUAAUAAGUUGCUCUUAAAUUUUCAAGGUCAAACUAGAUAAUUGAAAAGUAUUUAAGAAAAAUGAUAGAAUAAGAGGAACUGAUCUCUUCAGAAAAGGUUUUUUAAGCUAAAAUCAAUCAUCAGAUUCAAUUAAUUGACUAAUUUGAUCAAAAUCUUGAAAUUCUUUAGAACAUAUAAAUUGGAUAAAACAGGAAGAUAUCUGACUACUUCAACUCAGAUAAAUUGAAAGAAAAAAGACAUAAAAUAUAGAAGAAAAAUUAAAAGAUGCAAGAAAUGCUUAAUGCAUAUACUACUCUUCUUCAAAAUGGGAGAUAAUAGAUAGAGAAAUUAAUUAAUCCUGUAAUUGAGUUAAGAAAAGAAAACUAAUUUGAUUAGAAGGUCAUGAUAAUUCAGGAAUAAUCUUAGAACAUGAAAGCUUGUAUAUCUAGAAUUGAAGAUUUCUCAAACAAGAUAACAAAUUAGCAUAUUGCCUCUUUAGUAAAAAAUUACAAUGGCUAACCAUUGAUGUUAGCUGAUUUCAUCAAACAAGUUCAUAUUUUGUAGUAAUAAAUAAAUAGCGAGAGUUCAAUGGGAAAAGAUAUAAUAGAAAGGCUAAUCUAAACAAUUAGCUCUUAAGAGAGGCAAUAGCAGGAAAGAUAUAUUGAGCUUAAUAAGUAAAUUAAAGAAUUGUAACAGAAUCUUAUGAAAGAAAUCGAUUAUUCAAGAACUAAAGUGAUAAAAAAGUUGAAGGAGUUUAAUUCAUAGAAUCCAUUUCUUUUACUUCCUAAGAAAUUGCCAGAAUCAUAUAACUUAUCACUUGAGGAGUUGGAAAGACGAAAGACUUUCAAUAUAUUCCUUGCCUAUAUAUGUGAAAAGCUGAGAGCAUUCUCAUAGUAAGAAAGGGAUAGGCGUCAAAAUUUUAAUUAAGCCAAUGGAAUAUAUUUGCCAAAGAGCUUACUUCCUUAAAUAGCUGAUCCAAUGCCAGACUUUACUUUUGUGAUGCCCUCUAACUUCAACCUUGAGAUGCACUCUGAUGAUUUAAAAAAGUAUAAGGGAUCGAUUGAAAGAUUAAUAAUGAAUACCUUUGAAUUGGGGUUCGGAUAAGAAAAGGAAGGGAGAUAAAAUUAGUAGAAUAACCUUGUUAACUAUUAAGAAAUCCAAACGCUGAAAGAAUAAUAUGAAAAGAAGAUUCUAUAGUAGGAUUAGAAAAUAUUAGAAGAUAAAGCGAGAAUCUAAGAGUUGGAAUAAUCUAUUAAGGAAUAAGGAAAGUAUAUUAAAUCUAUCGAGGAGUAUAAGAAAUAUUAUGAAGAUUUGGAAAAGGUGAUCAUUGCACUGAAUGAAUGUGUUUAAAAAGCUGAUUAGGCGGAUAACAAAGAGUUCAAUGAUUAUUAAGAAUAGAUCAAUAAAUUAAAUCAGAUGCAAAUUAAUAAUAGCCUUAGUCAAUCCACCGUUUUCAAAAACUUCUAGCAAAAGAAAUUGAAGGAAAGAUGUAAAUUGAUGAUUCUGUAUGUGGAGGACUGCUUAAACCGUUAUUUGGAGCAUAAAGAAACCCUAGAUGAAUUAAAUUAUAGACAAGAAGCUGUUAAUAAGCUAAUUCAGAUUAUUGAAGAUGUUAAAAUCGUUAUCUCUGACUACAUAUUCGAGUCAGAGACUUAUCAUGAUAAAAAUCAAAUAGAUGAUGAGAUCAGAUUGAAGAUCUAAGAAAGUGGGAUGGACGUUGAUCAAGAUUUCUUCAAGAACCAGGAUGAAAGAGAUCUGAACUAUGAGGAGGAAUACAUUAAAAAUGGAUUACUCAUUAUUAGAAAAAUAAUUAAUUAGAACAUGAUAAAGUACAUAAAAUUAAAGCUAGAGUAUGAUGAUUUCAAGAAGGAUUAGCUUGAGAAUAUCGACAAGGAGGUCAAUUUUCUAUUUUAGGAUUAAACAAAAUGUCUGAAAUAUAUGGAUAAACCUAUGAUCAAAGAUGAGGUCUUAUUUAUUUGCACUGAGGAUUGCAAAUACAGAGCAUUCAUUGAUUAAAAGGAAGGAGAAAUUCAAUACCUCUUGAACUUAAAUGAUUCUAACAUGCUUUUGUCACUAGAUAAAAUACCAAAGAUAGUGAGAGGAAAGAUUUACUCAAUUGAGCAGCUUCGUGACAUAAACGAGGGAUUCACCUACUACAGUUGCCAAGCCAACUUAAAUUUCCUUGGUAAUGAUGUAUGA